CAUCCUUUGGGCGAUCAUUUUCUCAUCUCCUCCCCUAACUCUCUCUUUUCCCUAGCUCCCAAUAUCACAAUCCCCUCGUUUAUUGAUCCCUGGCUCUCUAUUAAUAUGGCUUCCAUUACCUGCAAGGAGGUAGAGAUGGAGAUUCUCCCAUUCAUUCGCAUCUAUAAGGAUGGCUCUAUUGAAAGACUCAUGGGCUCUCCCCUUGUGCCCCCUUCGCCCGAUCAAGAUCCUGAAACUGGUGUCUCUUCAAAGGACAUCAUCAUUUCACAGGAUCCCACCAUCUCUGCUCGUCUCUACCUCCCAAAACUCGACCAAGCCCACCUCCAGAGGCUCCCCAUCUUGGUCUACUUCCACGGCGGAGGCUUCUUCUUCGAGUCUGCAUUCUCCCGAGACCACCAGCGGUUCCUCAACAGUUUGGUUGCUCAAGCACAAGUUGUGGCCAUUUCUGUGGAGUAUAGGCUGGCUCCUGAGCACCUCCUUCCCAUUUGUUAUGAAGACUGCUGGGCCGCCCUCCAAUGGGUUGCUUCCAACUCCAUAGAUAGCAGUACUAUUGGUGCCAAUUACAGAGAGCCAUGGCUGAAUCACGGUGACUUUAAACGAUUUUUCAUUGGUGGAGAUAGUGCAGGAGCCAACAUCGUUCACAAUAUGGCCAUGCGAGCUGGCGUUGAGAGCUUACCUGGUGAUGUUAAAAUUGUAGGAGCUUUUCUUACCCACCCUUAUUUUUGGAGUUCAAAUGCAAUAUCAGAGUUGUCGGAGAUGGAUCAGGCAAGUCACGUCGACAAAUUAGCUGUGCCCAAUUUGGUUUGGAACUUUAUAUACCCAUCUGCACCUGGUGGUAUUGAUAAUCCAAUGAUCAAUCCAACGGCUCCGGGAGCACCGAGCUUGGCUGGCCUUGGGUGUUCUCGGUUGCUCGUGACUGUGGCCGAGGUGGAUGUGAUGAGGAAUCGAGCUCUUGCUUACUAUGAUGCAGUUCGGAAAAGCAACUGGGAAGGAGAAGUUGAGUUGGUUCGAGUGGACGGAGAGGAUCACGCUUUUCACAUCUUGAAUCUUGACACUCAAAAUGCCAAGAAUUUGGUCAAACGCUUGGCUUCUUUUCUUAAUUAGUUUUUUUUUUUCUUCUUUUUUUGGGGGUGGGGAGGCU